GUCUCUUUAAGUACAUGGGGGAAGGGUGUGUUACUGAGCCUCCGACGCAGCCCUGCCUAUUAUUUUGCUUGACGUUCUUCCUUCUUGCUCUUGUCAUACAGUUUGGGGAGGCCUUUUUAUGUAGGCAAAUGUUACAACAGAUAGUAAUGAAGGAUAUCGGCAAGAAUCCAAGAUAAAUAAUUUUUCUAACGUUGAUUAUUAUUCGACGGCUACUUUUUCGGAAGUGGUCCAUCGCGAGCAUAAAGAGAAAGGGGGUAACUGUACAUUCGCCGAUGCUCUAUCAGCAAUUGUCAUGUCGUUGUAUUGUUUCUUUUGACGGUUAAUUAUUAAAUAAUCAACUAUGAAAUGCGGGUUGACAAUUAGGCUUAAGUCGUUUAGUGUUUUGCCUUGGGAGUGGUUGGUUUUGCGAGCAUCAUUUGGCACCCCCCCAAAAAUUACAGAUUUCUCAACGACAGACAUCCACCCAUGGUCGUGGUACGCGCAGACUACCUGACCUAUGUUUUUUGUUUUGACAAUUGUUUUUAUUGGAUAUAACAAACUUCUGUGUUCCGGACAUACACCCACAGGCAUCACUGGACAACAUAAUUGCUUUCUAAAAAAUAUUUUUAGUAUAGUAAUGGUGCGAUAGUUAGAAUAAACCCAUUUUGGUUUCAUUUUAUUUCCAAAAUGAAGCACAGCAUUGAUGCCUUUCUUCACAUGAAGAAUCAGCCAAACAUGAAGUGGAUAGCCUAGUAAGUAGGCUAUUCAGACAGUUUUCUAGACAAUUGUCUGUAUCCUUUCGUGUUCGGUGCUGCCCUUUUGCAAUGAAAAUGAGUAUUGUUUGAGGAUACAAUUCUGUCUCACUGCUCUCGAACCUGGGGUUGCGGGUAGGAUAGGCGUCUAUUGCCUUUGAACACUGGCUAGGCGGUGGAGCGGCCAAUGUCGACUGUUAUCUUCGGUAGAAUAUAACGUUAAUCCUGUACAUACCUACAUACAAACCAAGUUGGCAUUUAGUCUAAUAGAAAGGAUACCUCAGGGACAAUGUCUUCUCGUGCAGCACUACCUGGGAACGAUCGGAAAUCGGACCUCCAUACCUCUCUCUCGACGAGCCGCUCGGAGAAGAGCACCGGUUGGUCGAGCAGAUCACUUGGAGCACGAUGCCGGAACUCUAUCGCUUCAUGUUCGGACGAGCAGCCACACAUCGGCAACUACCGUCUGCUCAAGACCAUCGGCAAGGGCAACUUCGCCAAGGUCAAGCUGGCCAGGCACAUCUUGACGGGCAAAGAGGUUGCAAUAAAGAUCAUUGACAAAAACCAGCUCAACCCGACCAGCCUACAGAAGCUUUUCAGAGAGGUACGCAUCAUGAAAGGCCUCAACCACCCAAAUAUCGUGCAGCUGUUUGAGGUGAUCGAGACAGAGAAUACGCUCUAUCUGAUAAUGGAGUACGCCAGUGGGGGUGAAGUGUUUGACUACCUCGUGUCCCAUGGGAGAAUGAAAGAGAAAGAGGCGCGGGCCAAAUUCCGUCAGAUUGUGUCUGCUGUACACUACUGUCACCUGAAGAACAUUGUUCACAGGGACCUUAAAGCUGAGAACCUCUUGCUGGAUGCCGACUCCAACAUCAAGAUUGCAGAUUUUGGCUUCAGUAACGAGUUCACCAUGGGCAACAAGCUGGACACGUUCUGUGGCUCCCCUCCCUAUGCCGCACCGGAGCUGUUCCAGGGGAAGAAGUACGACGGGCCUGAGGUGGACAUCUGGAGCCUGGGGGUCAUCCUCUACACUCUGGUCAGCGGAUCACUGCCCUUCGACGGGCAGAACCUCAAGGAGCUGCGGGAGCGUGUACUGCGGGGGAAGUACCGCGUGCCUUUCUACAUGUCCACCGACUGCGAGGGCAUCCUGCGCAGGUUCCUGGUGCUCAACCCCACCAAACGCUGCACCCUGGAGCAAAUCAUGAACGACAAGUGGAUUAACUCUGGCUACGACGGAGAAGAACUGAAGCCUCAUACAGAGCCCCUGGAGGAUCAUAAUGAUGCCAGCCGCAUUGAGGUGAUGGUGGGGAUGGGUUACACCCGUGAUGACAUCAAAGACGCUCUGACCACUCGGAAGUACAACGAGGUCACCGCCACCUACCUGUUACUGGGACGCAUGAAUGAGGUGGAGGGCAGCGAGUCUCGGUCAACCAGCAGUCUGAGCCUGGCGCGGGUACGGCCCAGCACCGUCAUCAACGGCACCAGUAAACACUCCACCUCCUCCACCACCUCCGCCUCGGCCUCCUCCUCCUCCCACAGCAAGACCACCCAGCGCAGCGCCUCCACCUACCACCCCCGCAGGAGGCACAGCGACUUCUGCGGUCCGGCAGCACCCCCGUCCCACCCCAAGCGUAGCCCCAGCAGCGUGGCGGGGGCAGACAGGGAUCUGAAGGAGGAGGGGGGGCGCAUGGCGUCCCGGAAGGUCAGCAGCAGCGUGGUGGGCAGCCGCUCCAUCCAGCCCCCCUCCAGCCCCAUGGUCAGCAGCGCCAACAACCCCAACAAGUCAGAGAUCCCCGACCGCCGCAAGGAGAUUAUCACGGCCACGAACAACGUCCCAGCAAGUGCCAUGAUCCGCCGGAACACAUACGUGUGCACCACGGACCGGAACAGCACAGACAGGCCCUCCCUGCUGCAGAACGGCAAGGAGAACAGCUCCAUUUCCCACCGGCUGCCCCCGGCCUCGCCCUCUACCCACAGCAUCGCUGGGGCCUCGGGGACCUCCUCCUCCGCGGGCUCCCGCCUCACCCGGGGCUCAAGCAUCCGCAGCACCUUCCACGGUGGCCAGCUGAGGGACCGGCGGCCUCCCUCCCACGCCCCUCCCACCUCCCCCACCCUGUCCCACGACGCCAGCCCCUUGCCCCACGCACGUACCCGCGCCACCUCCAACCUGUUCAGCAAGCUCACCUCCAAGCUCACCCGCAGGGUCAAUCUUGACCCCUCUAAGCGUCCAAACUCAAACAAGUCCGUCUCGGGCUGCACUCUUCCGCAGGGAUCAAAAACAGUUAGGUCACAGACGAACCUGAGAGAAUCUGCAGAUCUCCGGUCACAAGCCUCGGCUGCACAGUCUCUGGUCAGACAGUCUCUGGUUAAAACCAGCAGUCGCCAUCUACCUGGGCAUCAAAAAGCGGCAGAGCCCCGGACCCCCCGAUGCGGCUGGGAUGUGAGGGUGCGGAGCCCGCGGGACCCGGCGGAGGUGGUGCUGGCGCUGCGCGAGGCGGCCCAGGGCUGCGGCUGCCAGGUCCACCUGGCUGGGCCCUUCCUGCUCUCCUGCACCCACGGGGCGGCCGGCUCACGUGUGGCCUUCGAGGCUGAGGUGUGCCAGCUGCCCGCCGGUCCCGCCGAGACCAGCGGCGUGCGCUUCAAACGCCUGUGGGGGGCGCCGCUCGCCUUCCGGGAUAUCGCCACAAAAGUGUCCAAGGAUCUGGAGCUCUGAGGGCAACAGGGGGUGGGGCAGAGGGCUUCUACACUGGACAGACUGACCGAGGGGGCGGGAGAAGGAGACAGGCUGAACCCGCUACCCUCACUGCCAACCUCGCCUCACCCCCGCCAAAGACCCGCUUCUGGUACCACACGGACACGCAGGCGCACCGGCACAGACGGACCGGCCCCGCCACUCACAGACCUAUGACCUAUGAACCCUGCUAAGGCACCUCAAUAUUAUGUGAAUCUAGGGAGUCAAGCAGUUAUUUUUUAAUUCCAUAUUUGCAGAUUAAGAUAUUUUUCGUCAAUGUCAUUAUGAUUAUAUUAUAUUUGUUGUCAUUCCUUUUUAACAGCUGCUAUUUAAAAGGUUUUUAAUUUCAUGGUUUUCUUUUUUUCACUUCAAUGAGCAGUUGACAGACUGAAUGCAUAUUUAAGAAACAAGGGGCCAGCCCUCUCCUAGACAGAACUCCAGGCUAUAGAGCAGGGGUGUCAAACUCAUUUUGCCCUGGACCCCACAUUCGUUCUUCAACAAGGUCCGGACGGCAACACUGAAAAUGUUAUAUUUCCUUGCCGUCAAAAUUUGCCAAAAAUAGUCUAUCCACCAUCAUUUUUUGCAUUUUUGAUGCUCCCUAACUGUCUAGCUUUCAUUUCAUUUUUCAAGAGCAGCAGUAAAUAACAGUAGCGGGGCACCGGUACAGAUAUACAGGGGAUACCGGUACAGAUAUACAGGGGAUACCGGUACAGAUAUACAGGGGAUACCGGUACAGAUAUAUAAAACAAAUACUAUUUUUUGGUUGUUAUUUUUGUGGGGUUUUACUCAAACCCGCAGGCCAGAUUGGACCCCCUCGCACAUCGCAGGCCAUAUAUUUGACACCCCUGCUAUAUAGGGAGACAUGCUGAAAUGCAGAGACGGACAAAAAAAUAUUGUGUAAAACAAAUGCCAGACCCUUCUGCCCGUCCAUCGUCUGCUCAAUUCUGUAGGACCCCGUCUGCUACUCUAGCCAAGUUUCAUUUUGUGUUUUGUAUAUAUCAGAACGUUGGUUGCUAAUGAGCAAGGCUGUCUGACUUCAAUGUCCAAAGCGGAGUAGGUGAUGACUGCUCUUCUGAGCCACUGACCUUUUGAUUUUCUGCGUUUCAGCAGGUAAUGUACACAAGCAUUCUACACGUUCUUCUGGUAGCACUUUUGGUUUAGCAAUAUCACCUCUUAUAAUUGUAUUUCCUCUUAAAUGUUACAGCACAUCCACAGGGCCAAGAUUCAUAACUUGAUUUGGUGUAAGCUGUGUUUAGUAUUAUGUUGGGGAAUAUUGAUUGUCACAUUUCCACAAUCACAAUUUGGAUCACUUUUUUGUAUAAAAUGACGCAAGAUCGCAUAAAAAAGAAAAUUACAACAACUCCUAAUUUUCUGCUUAAAAAGAAAAGGAUAUGAUUGAUCAAACAGACUAUAAUAACUACAGCAAUGCUAGUUGAAUUGCAUUAAGUAGUUAUGUCCAUUGAUUCUUUUAUCUGUGGUUCCCUGGAGGAUGAGUUCCGAACUGCUCCUCAACUCAGCCCUCGGCAACACUGAGCAAUUGGUCAGCAAAACAGGCGUGAUGUAGCCGCUUCCCUUCUGGUAGCCAAUCAGACUUCUGUAUUGCUGAGGGGGGUAGUUUAGAAUGUGACGCUGGGUGACCUUAUUGAAAUUGACCCUGACACUCUUCUAUAAAUGAACCACGAUUCCAAGCUGCUCACAAUUGACCCAAGUCAGGUAGAUAGUCCCUCACUCCGGCCUUGACUGUCUGUCACUGGCUUUGAUUUGCACCAAUAUACAGUAAUGAUCCUUGUCGCCUGUCAGUGGGUCAUAACAGCAGACAUGCCAGAACAUCAUUACCAGUUGCUGCAGUGGGCUCUUCUAGUUUAGAUCUCUCAACCAUGUUUCUAGUUUCUCAGCUCAGACUGUGUUGUUGGUGUCGCUGAAUGUUCCUCAACCUUCCUUGUUUUCUGAAAGUCUGUCUGGCCUUUGUAAAUGGCUCAAAGAUUCAUCAACAGUGGAUGAUGUUCUCAUUACAGAGUGCGCUUGUUUGUCACUGUUACACCUCUGACCAUAUCCGCCAGCCUGCCUACAUUGGACUGCCUGCCCAACACAAUAACAAACCUUCAGUUGUUUUCAAACUGCAGCAUUUUACACCUUAUUCAUUUUGGCAAAAAGAUUUAUUGCACACAUGUAUGGCAGUAGUACAUAGUAAUCCAUGACACUACAAUGACUUCAGUUUUCCCGUUGCAAGGAAUCAUGGGAGAUUUUAGUUGCAACAGGUGGCCACAAAUGUCUUAAAAUGUGAAAGCUGUGAUUUUGUGCAAUUUUUGGGCAUCUUUGCCCAAAAUAGGACCUUUCUUGCCCAACAAUUCCCAUAUAUAUUGCUUAAAGCUUAGGACCAUGCUUCAACAGUAGGACGUAGUAGUGCGUUUGAAGCAGUCGCUGUUAUCGAUUAAACGGGGUGCAAAUAUGGAAAUGACUGACCUGCAGUCCUGCAUGUCUCAUAGGAAAAUUGUGUUGAAGCAAAAAUAAAUUCUCCUUUCAAACUCUGA